CGGUGGCUGAGUUGGUAUACAAACAGCUGUUACGAGUGCCUGACUCCAUGACCCCUUGAUCAGCCUCCCAACAGUGUUCCCCCACCUCAGUAAAUUCAAUUCCUUUUCACCCAUUCCCACCUCCCAUCAUGGCGUACCGCACCUUGGGUUCGAGUUGACCUACAUCCUGCCUAGUUUGUUUUUGUCCGCCAUGAUACACAUCAACAACCCCUUAGGCCCCUUCACAAUGGCGAGUUCUGCAUUUUGGAGCGGGGAGAAAAGACUUUUAUCAUAGAUAAGAGGGGUAAACCAGAAUGUAUUUCAGUAGAUCACCUUAAGCCCACCGAUAUUUGGAGUAUUUUGCUGCCCUUCCCCUGGCGUCACAACAUGACCAAGAGCGUGCCAACCCAUCUCUGGAUGAGCCAGAGGCAUCUGCGGUCCCUCCACACAUAGAACCCAGGACCUGAGCCGGGGGCUCAUCUGAGCUCCAGACAAGCUCACAAUGCCAAUUUUAGUGAAACCGGGGGUGGGGAGGCUGUGUAUGGUAACAUAAUUGGGAGAAAUGUACAUAAUUCACAGCCACCAACAUUGAGUUGGGUUUCGCUUUAAGAGGUUGGUAUCACAUGAUGACGUGGUUACAUCAGGAAUUUCAGAACACUCUUCUGUUUUAGGUUUUGGAGUUCAACAAAAUGUGUUACGGGUUUCAUUAAAAAUAACGGAGCGAGGGGUGGAGGAGAGAGAGAGAGAGAGAGAGAGAGAGAGACAGAGACAGAGACAGAGACAGAGACAGAGAGAGAGAGAGAGAGAGAGAGAGAGAGAGAGAGAGAAAUCAAUCCUGAUUGGUCUCUCUUUUUCCUAAGUAGACCUAUCAGUUUUCUCUGUGGGCGGGCUUUACAGUCGACCUCUGUCUCUUUCAUUGUCCAUCAGUCCUGCAGCGCUGUGGUGAACUACAUAUACCUGUCUGGACAUGCCCCCUACUGACUGCUCCUGUGGCUCCUCCCACAGACCCCUGUAUAAAGGCGAUUGAGGCCUGAGUCCGGCCCUCAGUCUCCAGGAUGUAGUAUGGUGGUCAACUACUGCUUGUUCUUUCUUCCAGGCAAUAAAAGCCGAUAUCUCAACCUCACGUCUCAGAGAGAGUUAUUGAUGGUGCAUCAAGCACCAUGGCAGUGUGUUCCAAAAAAAGAAAAUAUAAAACGUACUUCACCCCAGACUACACUAAAGUGUACCCCUGCCUAAUCAGGGUCAAAAAUAAUGACAGUGUUGCUCGCUGCACUGUUUGCAACAGUUGAUGAAGCUGCUUUUGGUGCUGCCAAAUUCUAAUUGUGAUGUGGAAAGGGCAUUCAGAAUGGUGCGUCACAUUAAGACAGAAUUCAGAAGUCAGUUGUCUCACAAAACACUGGUGAAUCUGAUGUCUAGCGAAAUUAACAAUUUCAUUGACCCAGACUGCUAUGAGGUUGAGACUUCCGGCAAAAUGCUCAAAUCUGCCGAGGAAUAUGUGAUCAAAUGAAUUGUUGUGUUCAUUCAUUAUCAAAUGUCCUGUAUACAUACACCCUUGGCGGUUGACUGGUGGGGCGGGGGGAUUAUGGGGUUGCUGGGGGUGGGGUUGGUGGUGCUACCUCCCUGACAUGAGUUUCUGCAGGGUGAGAUGUCAUCACCCUUUUCAGUUUUGCCACGUUAGCAGUUUAAUUCCUAUCCUUUUCUAAACAUUUUUUCUGGAGAUUUUUUUUUACUUUCUUGCACUUCCCUUCCUUUUUUGUAAAAAAAUAACUAUGGCAUGAUAGUGUAGUGCUUGGCAGUACAGUACCACUGACCUGGGGUCAAUUCCAACCAAGUUAAGUCGUCACUUUUUAUUGUCAUUGCGACCUUAACUGCUGGUACAGCACACAGUGUAAACGAGACAAUGUUUUUCAGGACUCAGGACCAUGGUGCCAGAUGAACAAUACAAAAACUACACUGAACUACGUAAACCAAAACAAAAACUACACUAUACUACAGACCUACCCAGGACUGCAUAAAGUACACAGAACAGUGCAGGCAUUACAACAAAUGAUAAACAAGACAAUAGGCACAUCAGAGGUCAGUAAGUUGGUAGUCCGAUGGCUUGGGGGAAAAUCCGUUACAUAAAUAAUCAGCUGAAUGGCGGCAUCCAGGAUUCCGUCCGUUUCUGUACUCCCACCAAUUAUUUCAUUGCCACAGAUGUAGUCCAAUUUAAUGUCCAUUGGAGAGCAGAAUGGACGGGAGAGCCGGCCGGCUACGGCUUGCUUUAUUCCUGGCAUGGACUCCUGCCCACUCACCUCGCUUCCUCGCACACCGCUUACAACGUCUCCAACUCCGGCCACCGGCAUCAGGCGAGUCCGAGGACUGCAGGCCCGAUUCCCUCAGCAAGCCGAGGUCGCGCAAUCUAACCAGCAGAUUUUCAUGAAGGUGUGAGCAGAAUGGCUCAGUUUGUUUUUGAGAGUGACAUUAAUAAUAUCCUGAAAUUGGAUGCUCCCAUAGCAAACGGGCCCCUGGCCAGGUGGCAGCGCAAGGCUAAAGAAAACAAUGGUGCUACUGGCCCUUUGUCUACUUCAGCCAAUGUUAGUGGCUUAUCACCAAUGAAAGCUACAAACCGGUCACUGAAUACAUCCAAGUUGACACCCAGUAAGACACCAGGCAGGACAAAAACCCCUAAAUCUUCUAAAUGUUCCCGAGUGCAGGGGACACCAUCAAAAGCAGGUGCUGAUCGUUAUAUUCCAACCCGCAAUGCAGUACAAAUGGAUGUUGCACAUUUCUUGAUUAACAAAGAGAAUGAUCAAGAAAAUGAAUCUCCAACCAAGAAGGAACAGCAGAAAUCCUGGUCCUUAAACCUGAAUGGUUAUGAUGUUGAGCAGGCUAAGAUUCUACGACUUAGUGGGAAACCUCUUUGUGCGCCUGAAGGUUACCAGAACAACCUGAAAGUCCUGUACAGUCAGUCAACAACACCAAGUUCCACGAAGAAGCCCACACGAUACAUCCCCUCUAUGCCAGAAAGAAUUCUGGAUGCUCCAGAGAUCAGAAAUGAUUAUUAUCUAAAUUUGAUUGACUGGAGUUCCUUGAACUACUUGGCUGUGGGACUUGCAAAUAAUGUGUAUCUCUGGCAUGCUGAGUCUGGUGAAAUCCUGCCACUUGUACAGCUUGAGGGUCAGGAAGACUAUGUUGCUUCGGUGUCCUGGAUAAAAGAAGGCAAUUAUUUAGCAGUUGGGACUAGAAAUGGCGAAGUACAGGUUUGGGAUGUGGAACGCCAGAAACGUCUGAGGAAUAUGGUGAGUCACACUGUACGAGUUGGGUCACUCAGUUGGAGCAGUUACAUCUUGUCCAGUGGUUCCAGAAUAGGCGAAAUCCACCAUCAUGAUGUCCGCAUUGCACAACACCAUGUAGCUACCUUGACAGGACAUACACAAGAAGUCUGUGGCUUGAAGUGGUCACCUGAUGGCAGGUAUCUUGCUAGUGGUGGCAAUGACAACAUUCUGAAUAUUUGGCCAAGCAUUACUGGGAAUGAUGCAGCAUGCCAACCAUUACAUACGUUCACACAGCAUCAGGGUGCUGUUAAGGCAGUUGCCUGGUGCCCUUGGCAAGCAAAUAUUCUUGCAAGUGGUGGUGGCACCAGUGACCGAUUUAUCCGCUUUUGGAAUAUUAAUUCUGGGUCGUGUCUGAAUGCUGUGGAUACUCGUUCUCAGGUCUGUUCAAUAGUCUGGUCAACAGAAUACAAAGAAAUGGUGUCAGGACAUGGAUUUUCACAGAAUCAGUUGGUAAUCUGGAAAUAUCCAAACUUGACCAAAGUUGCUGAGCUCAAAGGACAUCAGGCUCGUGUGCUGAAUCUCACUUUAAGUCCUGAUGGAAGUACGGUAUGCUCUGUGGCUGCAGACGAGACUAUCCGCUUCUGGAAGUGUUUUGCUGUAGACCCAGCAAAGAAGAAGAAAAUGGCAGCGGCCAGUCAAUCCAGUGUGCUUCACCAUGGAAUUCGCUAGAACACUAUGAUGAAGGCAUGUGCCACAAAUGUGGACAUGAGGCUUCACUUUUAAUGUAACAUUGAAUAAAUGUACAACUAACCUUUGCAAAGGGGGGGGGGGGGGAAGCUAGUGUUUUAUCCCUUUUGUGCUCCAAUUUGGAAAUUUUUCAAUGAUACUGACUUUUAAUUUCCACAAAUAUUGUUAUUUCUUGUACAUACGCUUUUAAAUUGCUAUUUUAUUUGUGCUGUUAGACAUUUAAUCUUUUAAGUAAAUUAUAUAAUGUGUUUAAUAUUCCAAUAAAAUUGAAUGGUGUAUUCAAGGUGCUUGCAGUGUAGGUGUGUAUAUUGCCAUCUAGUGACCUUUUUUUUUACUGGUUAAGCUAAUGCUCAGAUUGCAUUUGUUACCAGAGCAGAAUGAUCAUUUGCAAUAUUCAAGAGUUCGUCUAGACCUGUAUUUAAACGAGUAUUUAGUAUUGGGGAAAAGCUCAAUCACUUGAGCAAAUAUGCAUCUAUUUGCUAUUUGCUCUCAGUACAAAUGGGUGCAAUAUGCAUUACUUUAUAAUUGCUGAUUCUAUGGCUUUUAUUUCCACUCGAAUCCUUGUUUUAUUCUAAGAAAUAGCAAAGUUAAUUGGAGACUGAAGUGCAAUAGGGGAAUCAAAGUCUGAUAAUAUCAUUGCUGUUGACAAUCAAACAUUACAUUUUAAAACAUACUAUGAUCCCUGAAAUCUGUAUUGAAUAAAGUUUUAAUUUAUUAAAACAAUAUUUCAAUUAAGCAAA